ACUACAAGACUACAUUUUUAAAUAUCAUUGCUACUUUAUGUCUACUAGUAGCACAUCACAUGCACCUACCGGGAUAAUGACCUACUAAUCUGCAAAACCAAUCGUGACUAUAAUAAUACAUUCCUACAUUAUUUAAAUAAAAGGGUAUUUAUUGUGAUGAGAACGAUCUAAGCUAUUUAAACAGUAUUUAAUUAUUUACUAGAUACUGAACGACUGGAGCAUAUAUGCAAUAUGCAAUUAUUUUUAUAUGGAAGCAUUGGAAUUUGGACAUUGGACUUGUUUGUAAUGCAAUUUAAUUUUUUGUAAAUAUAUCUUCUAUCUAACGAAAAGUUCAUUGUGACUAAAGAAUUAUGGUUUUAAAAUAUUAUUUUGAUUUAAUGUCGCAGCCCUCUAGAGCAUUAUACAUUUUCUUAAAAUUAACAAAUAUCCCAUUUGAAGCUUGUCCUGUAGCUUUAAGAAAAGGGGAACACUUAAGCGAGGAAUUUAAAAAGAACUUUAGCAAAUUUCAAAAGGUGCCUUUCAUUCAUCAUGGCAAUUUUAGACUAACCGAAUCUGUUUGUAUUUUUCGUUAUUUGACUCGAGAAUAUCCAGUUAAAGAUAAUUGGUAUCCAAAAGAUAGCAAACAACAGGCUAAGAUCGAUGAGUAUUUGGAAUGGCAGCACUUAAAUACAAGAGCACAUUGCACUUUAUAUUUCCGAUACAAAUGGUUGCAACCGAUGUUAACUGGGGAGAAACCUGAUCCAGAAAAAUUAAAAUUUUUGGAAAGUAACAUGAUAGACACGUUGGAUAAAUUUCAAGAGUUGUUUAUAUCAGAGACACCUUUCAUCAAUGGACAAACAAUAUCUUUUGCUGAUAUACUGGCAGCUUGUGAAAUAGUGCAACCUAGGAUUGCCGGAUACGACUCCAGAGAGAAUCGUCCAAAAUUGAAAGAGUGGAUUGAGAAAGUGCGAAAUGAGUGUAACCCUUACUAUCACGAGGCACACGAAUUCGUCAACAAAAUGAUCGAGAAAAAUAAACAGAGAGUUCAAACUAAACUUUAAAUAUAUCCGUUUUUUUUUUUUAAAUGUGAUCUUUAUUAGAGUCGUCAAUAUCAACGAUUUUAGUAGGAGUAAGAUCAGUAAUAAAUUGAAAAGAAUAUUUUUAAUUCUUCGUGACGUUUCGGUGUUUGUUUCUUCUGCAAUUUUCUAUCUUCCAAAGAAUCUAUCCCAAAGAUGCAGCUUCGGCUUCUAGUGGAAUUGAAUCGAAAAUCAGAAAAUUUGUUAUUUACCAAAUUGUCCAUGACGGCCAACACUGACAACCAAGACUUGAUUUUUUAAAAUAUCUUCAAGUUUGUUGAACAAAAACGUAUGACUCAUCGAGAGCAAAAUGCCGUUAUAAGUAUGUGAGAAUUUACCACACGGAAACGUUCGUGCAGCAAACAUCCUUAUAAUGCUAAUAAUGACUUAUUUUACUCACUUGCGAUAUAAUUUACUAUUUCACUUAAUUUUUUUAUGGCAUUGCGACAGGAUAUAUUUCAAAUCUAUUCAAUGUUAUCUUUAAUAAUUUUAAUAUGAUAUUGCUGGUAUAUUCAAUGCAUAUGCUAGUCAAGGCAUAUAGUCCGCAGAGUAGUCAUUUUUGUUCACGUCAUUUUUUCACCAUUUUUGGCUGCUUUGUAGGUUUUCGGCAUUUAGCAGUGACUACUAGAUGUGACAAUUAGUUACAUUUUUGACUUAAUUUAAAAAUGUUCGAAUGUUUUAGAACCCUGAAGAUGGUGCAAAACAAUACUGAAAUGUCAGCGAAAAAUUGAAAAUUUUGUUUUUAAAUUUACUAAUCUAACUAAAACUGUUGCCGUCGAUUACUUGAAAUAUACAGGGUGAUUCAGAAAAAACAUUUUGAAUGUACAGGGAACUCUUACAAAUAAAAUUUUGUAAAAAAAAAUCAAAAGCAGUUCAAAAAUUAUUUAAAAAUAUACUUUUGCACAGCAUGGGAAACUGGUUUCUGCACAAGGCAAAGCAUGUAGUCGGCGUAUGACAGGCGGCACAGUGUGAUAAAAAAUGAACGGACAAAAUACUGAAAGAAUUUCAUUCACAAGAAAUAAAUAAAAUUUUAUAACACCUGUUUUAUAUCAACAAAUUCCACUGUUUUUGCCACUAUUGCUAUUAUUAAUUAAUAAAAUUAAUUUGUGGUUUUAAUUAAUAAAAUAAUUUAACAUACCUGAUGUUACAACUGUUGAAAAUUUUGUCCACCUACGUGUAAACAUAUUUAGACCCGUCAUACCCAAUUUCUACGAACUAACACAGAUGUUGUCUUGCUUCAUCAUAAAUUAAAACAAUAAAUUCCGAGCUGCUAUUCAGAUUAAGCCAUUUUUGAAACUUGAAAAACUAAUGUAAACACUAUCGCAAAAACGUUACUACUAAAAUCGGAUUAUUUGGAAACGUCUAGGGACGCGUGGAGAGAGCGAAUUGCAUACAGUGCAUAACACGAACGACACUAGAAACUAAAGUAGCCCAGUGAUGUAAGGGUUUUAAAUACUACAACUCCAAUAAUUUUUUUCUCGGAAACUAUAAGGAUAUUACAAUAUCGACUAUUUCUCAUGCUGCAUCUAUUCCCAAUUUUGUUUGGAUAAGUUGUGAAUCGCCCUGUAUAAUUCUUCCUCGACUUAUACAAGGUUCUCAUUUAUUUUUAUGAUGUGCUUAUCGCCUGAAAUAUUUUUUCUUUGUAUCUGCUUAGGUCUGCGGUUUUAUAUUUGAUGAAAAUCUAAAUAAACGCAAUGUAUAUC